UGUUUCUGCAACAUGUGCGAAAGUACGCACGAAGGAACCGUCCUGGUUGUUUAGAUCCGUAUAGAUUGUUUACAAACAAAUAAUCAGAUAUGGCGAAGAAAACGAAGACAGGGAAGUCAAGGAAGGACAAGUUUUACAAGUUAGCUAAAGAAACCGGCUAUCGAAGCAGAGCCUCAUUCAAGUUGAUACAACUGAAUCGCAAGUUUGAGUUUCUGCAGAAAUGUCAAGUUCUGGUGGAUCUGUGUGCGGCUCCUGGUGGCUGGUUGCAGGUGGCAUCCAAGUUCAUGCCAGUAUCGAGCCAGAUCAUAGGUAUCGAUCUUGUGCCGAUAAAAUCAAUACCCAACGUCAUUGCACUCCAGGGGGACAUCACGACAGAAAAGAGCAGAUUGGUGAGCUUGUCGACGCUCACGCUGUCGGCGCUGAAGCUUGCGACGGAGUUCCUGCGCAAGGGCGGCUGGUUCGUGACGAAGGUGUUCCGCUCGCGAGACUACACGUCGCUGCUGUGGGUCUUCAACCAGCUGUUCCGGCGCGUGCACGCGACGAAGCCGCAGGCGUCGCGACACGAGUCUGCAGAGAUCUUCGUCGUCUGCCGCGGCUUCAAGGCGCCGGACAAGAUCGAUCCGAAGUUCUUCGAUCCGAAGCUUGUGUUCAGCGAUGUUGAAGCCGAGCAGAAGAAGAUGACCGUCAAGCAGCUGAUAAUGCAGGGGAAGAAGAUAUUCAAGGCACCGGCGGAGGGUUACGAGGAUGGUAUCACGUCCCUCUACCGCAAGCUCAGCGCCUCGGAGUUCUUACAUUCUGACAAUCACGUAGAACUGCUCAGCAACUGUACGGAGAUGGUUUUCGACGACCCAGAGUUGGCUGGACACGCGCUGACCACCCCCGAGCUGAGAGAGUGCGCGAAGGAUGUGAAGGUGCUGGGACGACAGGAGCUGAGGUUACUUCUUGCCUGGAGGAAGAAGAUGCUGGCAUACAUGGAGGCGACGCAGCCGCAGCAGCCGGAAGCUGAGCCACUCGACCUGAAGAUGGCGCUGCCAAACGACGCGCCGUUGACGGCGUACGACGACGAGAUCUUCAGCCUCUCGCGCAUCAAGAGCAAGAAGCAACUGGCCGAGGUCAAGGUCGGAAAGGAGGUGAUGGACAACGAACAUGACGAGGAGCAGGAGCAGGAGGAGGAGCAAGCGGGAAAGAAGCCGCGAGCGGUCUAUGACCGAUACGAGGAAGAUUCCGACGGGGAAGAUGAGGAGGAUGAGGAGGAGGGCGGGGAGGAAGACACCGAUGACGACGACGAGGACGACAGCGACGACGCGGCGGACGACGACGACGAUGAGAACCCCCUGGUGGUGGAUCUGAGCAACGAGUCGCGCAGCGUGCGCGGCCGGCGCCAGGCCGACCUCUGGUUCGAGAAGGACGUCUUCGAGGGCAUGGAGGACGAUGAGGACGAGGACGUGGAGGUGAUGGAGGCGGCGAGGGCUUACGAGAAACGAGGCGGCGUCGUGCUAGGGAACGUCGCCACGAAGCGACAACCAGAGCAGAAGAAAGCGGAGAAGUCGAAGAAUAAACAGAAGAAGAAGGCCGAGGCGGCGAGCGACGGGGAGAACUUUCCGCCAGCAGGGGGCGCCGACGACAACAGUGACUCGUCACGGCUUUGCUGGGAGUCGGACGAUGACGAGGAGGAGGGAGGGUCGGACGGGGAGGAGGUGGCAGGCGCAGAGACGGACUCGGGGGAGGACAGCGAUUACGACAUUGGGGAAGCCGUGCGAGGAGGAGGAGGAGGAGGCAAGCAGACGAAGACGACGAAGGAGAAGACUCGGCAGCAGGCGGAGAAGGACGGCUUCGAGAUCGUGGCGGCGGGGCGACCUGGCAAGAGGAAGUUGGAUCCGGCGGGUCUGGCGCUCGGGGCGAUGAUGGUGAACUCGAGGAAGAGUAGGCGGGAGAUCGUUGACAACGCCUUUAACAGGUACACGACCGGCCCUGAGGAUCACCUGCCCGACUGGUUCGCACAGGACGAGAAGAAACACUACAGGAAGCAGCUGCCUGUCACCAAGGACAUGGUGAGGGAGUACAAACAGCAGCUCUUGGAGAUCAACGCCCGUCCAAUCAAGAAGCUAGCCGAAGCCAAGGCAAGAAAGAAGAGAAGG